UUUAACUUUUAUCUCGCAGUUAAAGCAACUUCAAUUCACGCAAAAUGUCUUUGGAUGCCUUCAGUUUUUUGAGGUAACAUAGAUGAAACUUGAUGAAAUUACUAAUGAUGUAGGCUAAGUUGGUACUGGAGGAGAACCAAGUAUUGGUUAACCACGUGGAGGUUAUGGAACAGAAGCAGAAAGAUCAGCACCAGGGAUAUGUACAGGAGGUUGCGAGGUUAACCCGGAAGUGCAUCCAGUUGGAAACGGAUAAGUCGUUCUUGGAAUCCGACUUCAAUGCAUUGCAGGAAAAGUUUCGAAUCCUGGUCUUGAGGAAAGAACCUCCCCCUCUUCCCAAAGAACACGAGGACUGCAUCAAAAUAGCCAAGCACACUGAGGUAGUUGAGAAGGUGGAGCAGGAGCUGAAAGAGUUGAGACACCAGAGCAAAGAAGAUAUUACUAACUUAGUCAAGAGAGUGCAAGAUCUGGAAUUCGAGAGACAGUACCUGGUGAUGCAGCACUCAGAUUCCAACUCCAAAAUGAUAUCCAUGCAAUCGGAGGUGGAGAAUGUACUGAACAAACAGAAGACUUGGCAGAAGAAUUCCAGGGUUCUGGAAGGACAAUUAAUAGCGUCGCAGGGAAAGAUACUCGACCUAUCUAAACAGGGAUGCUUAAAAUGCAGCACAUAGU